UUGUUGCAAGUUUCACAAUACACACAAUAGAAAAAGGGAAGAGAUUGGCAACAAAAAGAAAAAGGAACACAGAAAAGAGAAUAAAGAGAGUGAAGAAAGCACAUCAAAGCCACUUUAUUUUUCUUGAUCCAAUCCAAACCCAACCUCUUCCAAUCUCACUUUAUCUCUGUAACAUACACCACCAACCUAAACCAAUGUAAGUUGUUGUUUAUGUUCCUUUUUCUGUCUUUUUUUAUGUUUUCCCCCUUCAAGUUUUCAUUCUAGAAUCUUCAAAUUCAUCAACCAAGUUCCUCUUUUUCAUCUUCCACUGCUUCAAACACUUCACCCCUUUCAUAAAAAUCACACCUUUACCAUGCCCAUGAAUCGUUUACUCUUUUAUCUGAUUCUUCUAUGUGUAACCCCUUCUCAGUCACUUGAUAUUAGCAUUAACCCACAAGACAAAAAAUCUCUUUUAUGGUUCAAAUCAUCACUGCAUGACCCUAGCCAGAGUUUAUCCAACUGGGUUGGGUCUAAUUGUUCUACAUGGAAUGGAAUCACUUGUGACAACACUACUGGUAGAGUGGUUUCAAUCAAUUUAACAAGUAUGAACUUGUCAGGUCAAGUCCACCCUAGUUUUUGUAACCUUUUGUAUCUUAACAAGGUGGAUUUUUCACACAAUAAUUUCACUUGCCCUCUACCUGUUUGUUUUGGGAACUUACUUAACCUUAGAGUUAUUGAUCUUAGUCACAACAGGUUUCAUGGUGGAAUACCGGAUUCUUUCAUGAGGCUUAAGGUUCUCACUGAGCUUGUUUUGAAUGAGAAUCCAGCCUUGGGAGGUUCACUUCCUUUAUGGAUAGGUAACUUCUCUGCAAAUCUUGAAAGGGUUAAUCUUGGUUUCUGUUCAUUCAGUGGAGGUAUACCUGAGAGUUUGCUUAACUUGAAGUCUCUUAAGUAUUUGGACCUUGAGAAUAAUUUAUUGUCUGGUAAUCUUGUUGUUUUUCGACAACCUAUGGUUAUUCUCAACCUUGCUUCGAAUCAGUUUACAGGUACUUUGCCUUGUUUUGCAGCUUCGAUUCAGUCGCUAACUGUGUUGAAUUUGUCUAACAAUUCUAUUGUGGGGGGUUUACCUGCUUGUAUUGCUUCCUUUCAAGCUAUGACUCAUUUGAAUCUAUCAGGGAACCAUUUAAGGUAUAGAAUAUAUUCGAGGCUUGUGUUCUCGGAGAAACUUGUUGUUUUGGACUUGAGUAAUAAUGAUUUGUCUGGUCCCAUUCCUAGUAAAAUUGCAGAGACCACAGAGAAACUUGGCCUUGUUUUUCUUGACCUUUCUCACAAUCAAUUCUCUGGUGAAAUUCCUUUGAAAAUCACCGAGUUGAAAAGCUUGCAGGCUUUGUUCCUUUCUCACAAUCUUCUUUCAGGAGAAAUUCCUUCGAGAAUUGGAAAUUUGACUUAUCUUCAAGUCAUUGAUCUCUCACACAACUCUCUGUCUGGUACCAUUCCGUUUAGCAUUGUUGGAUGCUUUCAGUUGUAUGCUCUUAUACUUAAUAAUAACAAUCUUUCUGGCAUAAUUCAACCGGAGUUCGAUGCAUUGGAUAUUUUGAGGAUACUAGAUAUAAGCAACAAUAGGUUUUCAGGGGCUAUUCCACUCACUUUGGCUGGAUGUAAAUCUUUGGAGAUUGUGGAUUUUAGUUCGAAUGAUCUUUCUGGAUCACUGAAUGAUGCAAUAACCAAAUGGAUGAACCUCAGGUAUCUUUCUCUUGCUCGGAACAAUUUCGACGGAAACUUGCCUAGUUGGUUGUUCACAUUUCAAGCUUUGGAAACAAUGGAUUUGUCGCACAACAAAUUUUCUGGCUUUAUACCUGAUAUUAAUUGGAAGAGUAGCUUGUUAUUUAACACAAGGGAUGUUCCUGUUAAAGAGCCUUUGGUUGAAGCGAGAAGGCUUGAACAAAGAGUUUCAGUAGUUGUUUCUGAUAGCAACCAACUCAGUUUCACAUAUGAUCUUUCAUCAAUGUUCGGAAUCGAUCUAUCCAAUAACUUGCUGCAUGGAGAGAUUCCAAGGGGCUUAUUUGGCCUAGCUGGUCUAGAAUAUCUGAAUUUGUCAAGCAAUUUUCUCAACGGACAGCUCCCUGGUUUGCAGAAAAUGCAAGAUUUGAAAGCCAUAGAUUUGUCGCAUAAUUCCUUAUCGGGACAUAUCCCGGGAAACAUUUCCAGCCUUCAAGAUCUAACCAUCUUGAAUCUGUCUUACAACUGUUUCUCCGGAUAUGUUCCUGAGAAGCAAGGGUAUGGAAGAUUUCCCGGUGCAUUUGCGGGCAAUCCGGAUUUAUGCUUGGAAUCUUUGAGCGGAAUAUGUGAUGAUGGGAGGAUUCCAUCUAAUCAAGGCAGUUACUUUAAAGAAGAUAAGAUGGAUGGACCUAUAUCUGUAGGGAUUUUCUUUAUCAGUGCCUUUGUUAGUUUUGAUUUUGGUGUUGUUAUUCUGUUCUGUUCUGCUCGAACAAGAAAGUACAUUCUCCAAACCAAGACUUGAUUUGUUGCAUCUCACAAUGGCAAUCUUUCUCCUGUAAAUUCCAUUUUGUAAUUUGGCAGCAGCUGCCUUCUUGUUUCAAGUGAACAUAGACAUCCGUGUCCCGGACUAAUGUCAUGAUGAGUCACCAAAGGUUUAAACCAUUCAUGAUCAAAGGGUUUAAACCAUUCAUGACUCUGAAUAGAGUGUAAUUGUAAAGAUUUAUACUGUAUUAUUCAGCUGGGAAAGAAUGGAUGGUUAUUGUGAAAA